GAAAAAUGCAUCUCCCUAGGCCCAUUCUUCGCCUCCUUGCAAACCCAUUCUGUUUGCAUAUCUACUUGCUUGAUCUCCGUAUACAUGAUAGCUAUCCAGCGUCCUGAACGUACAGCUAUCACAUAUUAUAAUUAAUAUCAGCGUCUUAUCUUUCAUUGUCAUCGAUAUUCAGUCAUGGCUGCCGACCACAACGAUCCAUUUAACCGCCAGGAAUACGUUAUGCAGGACAUGGUGUCUAAUCAACUUUAUCACUAUCUGCCCGAACAGAUCGAUGCUAACGAACGUCUCUUGAGCGACUCGCCGGUAUCUACGUCUCCGCCACCGUUUCAACACUCAUACCAAGACGAAAGAACGAUUCAAUACACAGCGCCGUCUUCCGUAUACAGCUUAACAGAGACGGACACUCCCAACGCAAAUGACAAGCAGUCGUCUGACCUUGCCUCGGAACGCCAUGAUGGCUUCGAGAUCCCCACUCAUCCCAAUCACAACACUGCGCUGCCAAGAGAUCUUUCACUGGAGGCUGAUGACGACUGGGUGCAGCGACAGCGACCAGAAGGCAGCGGCUUGAAGCGCUCAAGGACACGCAAAGUAAAGCUUGUUCAAGGAUCAGUCCUCUCUGCGAACUAUCCUGUGCCUAGCGCUGUUCAAAAUGCUGUCGAGCCUUGUUAUCGCGGCGUGGAAGGAAUAGAUGAGGAAGAGUUUACCCAGCUACGCUACACUGCAGCUGCAUGUGACCCGAACGACUUCACCUUGGCAAACGGACACAACCUACGAGCACGAAUGUACAAUCGUCAUACCGAACUUCUCAUUGCCAUUACCUACUACAACGAAGAUAAAACGCUCCUUGCGCGAACAUUGCAUGGCGUGAUGAAGAACAUCCGAGAUAUCGCCAAUUUGAAAAACUCUCAGUUCUGGGACAAAGGCGGGCCUGCAUGGCAGAAGAUCGUAGUAUGCCUUGUCUUCGAUGGUAUCGACAAUGUUGAUAAGAAUGUUUUCGACGUUCUCGCGACCAUUGGCAUCUACCAAGACGGGAUCAUCAAGAAGGAUGUCAAUGGCAAGGAGACAGUGGCGCAUAUUUUCGAGUACACCAGUCAACUUUCUGUUACACCUGAGCACCAGCUCAUUCGACCUAAUGCAGGAAAAGAGUCUGAGAACUUGCCGCCUGUACAGUUCAUUUUCUGUUUGAAACAGAAGAAUACAAAGAAAAUCAACUCGCAUCGAUGGCUCUUCAACGCAUUCGGCAGAAUCCUGAAUCCAGAGGUGGCGAUCCUUAUCGACGCUGGUACAAAGCCAGGGUAUCGUUCGCUGCUAUCACUGUGGGAGGCCUUCUACAAUGACAAAGAUCUGGGAGGUGCCUGCGGCGAGAUUCACGCUAUGCUCGGCAAACAGGGCCGCGCACUUUUGAACCCACUAGUCGCUGUGCAGAAUUUCGAGUACAAGAUCUCGAAUGUCCUGGACAAACCACUAGAAAGUGCGUUUGGCUAUGUAAGUGUACUUCCUGGCGCAUUUUCAGCAUAUCGCUUCCGCGCAAUCAUGGGAAGGCCACUCGAACAAUAUUUUCAUGGCGAUCAUACGCUCUCAAAGAUCCUUGGCAAGAAAGGCAUUGACGGUAUGAAUAUCUUCAAGAAAAAUAUGUUCCUUGCUGAGGACCGAAUACUGUGUUUUGAGCUCGUGGCCAAGGCGGGCUCGAAAUGGCAUCUGUCGUAUGUGAAGGCUUCUAAGGGUGAGACAGACGUACCUGAAGGCAGCGCAGAGUUUAUAGGUCAACGGCGAAGGUGGUUGAACGGAUCAUUUGCCGCCUCUCUCUACUCCAUCAUGCACUUCGGACGUCUCUACUCCUCAGGCCAUGGCAUUAUUCGACUGAUCUUUCUUCACAUCCAACUUCUGUACAACUUCGCCCAGGUCCUCUUCACCUGGUUCUCACUGGCAUCCUACUACCUCACGACAGUCGUAAUCAUGACUCUAGUAGGUACACCCCAGAAAGAAGCGGACUACCACGGAUGGCCCUUCGGUGAUCAAGUCACCCCCGUCUUCAACGUCGUUAUCAGAUACGUUUAUGUUGCUUUUCUCAUCCUACAGUUCAUUCUCGCCCUCGGCAAUCGCCCCAAAGGAUCCAAAAAGACAUAUAAAGCCUCCUUCAUUGUCUUUGGCUUGAUUCAGCUCUACAUAUUGAUACUCACUGUCUAUCUCGUCUACCGCGCUUUCAGCUCAAAGCCAAUCGAGGAUCAAAUCUCUUUCGCGUCUGGCAAGGAAUUUUUCGAAACAUUCUUCGGUGGCAAAACCGGGGUUGCUGGCUUGAUCUUGAUCGCUCUUAUCACGAUAUACGGCCUCAAUUUCAUCGCCUCAUUCUUGUACCUCGAUCCUUGGCAUAUGUUCCACUCUUUCCCGCAAUAUCUCGUUUUGAUGAGCACAUAUAUCAAUAUCUUGAUGGUAUAUGCAUUCAACAACUGGCACGACGUGAGCUGGGGAACGAAGGGAUCCGACAUCACAGAGAGCUUGCCGUCUGCACACAUUUUGACUAAUGAGAAAGAGGCUACGGUCGAGGAGAUCGAGCAGGAGCAGGAAGACAUUGACAUCAAAUUUGAGAAAGUUGUCAGGCGGGCCUUGACGCCAGUAGCGGUUGAAGAUGGUAAGAUGGAGAAAAAGGAUACUGAAGACUCGUACAAGAGCUUCAGAACCGGUUUGACGUAUUCGUGGCUGUUGUCAAACAUCGUUCUGAUCUUAGUGGUGACCACUGAUGACUUUAAUAUGGUGGGAUUGAAACCUGCCGACAAGACACGUACACCAAUGUACUUCAGAAUCCUGCUGUAUGCAACUGCAGUCUUGUCCAUAAUCCGUUUCCUCGGCUUCCUGUGGUUCUUAUGUGGGACGAGCAUCAGGUUCUGUCUGGCGAAGCGAUAGCUGCUGAAGUCACUCGUUAGAACUCUCAAAGGAAACGUUCAUGCCGUCAGGUAGAGCGUAUCAAGAUCUUCAGCUUGCCAGCGAGAGAUUCUCUUAGCGAUAACUGCCCCUGAUAUGAGAUGUCAAUGCGGAACACCCAUAGUCCCCCUGCUAAGAGCAUGUUGCGAUUGAAUUUUCUGAAACACGCCUUAGUGCUGUGCAGGGGCAGUAAGGCGCUAGCUGUUCCCCUCUAGAUUCUGUUUUGGGCGCGUACGCGACUUGGAUUUGUAUAUAUGCUGUGCAAUUAGCUUGGCCCAGUUACCAAAACUAAGGUGUGCCUAGAACACCU